AUGGCGACUAUAUCAUCUUCUUUGCCAACAAAUAAUAAUAGCAUUUUCUCAGUUUCAUCAAGACCACAGUUUCUGUUUCCUUCUUCUUUAUCUUCACUUCCUUUCAUUUCCACAGCAACUGCCAUCCAAUUCCAUAAUCAUUCACUUAUUAAUAAGUUUCACCUUCGACGACGGUUUAAUUCUGUUACAAAAUUGCCAACAACAAUAGCCAUGACAACAACUGAGUGGGUUCAACAAGAUCUUCCACCACCUCUUACUUCAACUUCACCUCCACCUUCUUUAUUUGAUGGAACUACCAGAUUGUAUAUCUCCUACAAAUGUCCCUAUGCACAACGUGUAUGGAUCACCCGUAACACUAAGGGAUUGCAGGACAAGAUACAGUUAGUUCCCAUUGAUCUACAAGAUAGACCUUCUUGGUAUAAGGACAAACUCUACCCACCAAACAAGGUUCCAUCUCUUGAACACAACAAUGAAGUUAGAGGAGAGAGUCUUGAUCUGAUUAAAUAUAUUGACACACACUUUGAAGGACCCUCUCUUUUUCCUAAUGGUUCUCCUGAUAAGGAAUUUGCUGAAGAAAUUUUAUCUUACACGGAUACCUUUUACAAGACAGUUGUUUCUUCUUUUAAAGGAGAUGUGAAUGAGGCUGGCACUGCUUUUGAUUACCUUGAGAAUGUUCUCUCUAAAUAUGAUCUUGGACCUUUCUUCCUUGGCGAAUUUAGUUUGGUGGAUAUAGCAUAUGCUCCUUUUGUGGAAAGAUUUCAACCCUUUUUGAUGGAUGUGAAAAAUUAUGACAUUACAUUGGGCAGACCUAAAUUGGCAGCAUGGAUUGAGGGAAUAAACAACAUUGAAGGCUACAGAAUAACCCGUUCUGACCCCAAGGAGCUUGUUGAAAGCUACAAAAAGCGCUUCCAGGCCAAUCCUUGA